AUGCAAUCAAAGCCGUCAGCUUCAAAUGGACCGCUCAGCUGCACAGCCACGCCCCUUUCCGACCUGCCCCUCCUCCGACCGGAGGCCAUCAACAUCAUCAUUAUCAUUACCGUUAUCAUCAUUAUAUCAAGAGUGGAGUUUACAAACGUUAAAUGCACUUCCCACGACCCUGAGUUCGCCAACUUUGACUAUUGCUUGCUAAAAUCAGUGAAUCGUACAUAUAAAUACCUUUCCUUAAAGGUGAAUUUGGUAAAAAAGCCUAUUACCAAAAUAAAAGUCAACGUAGCAUUAUUUCAGCGUUUAAAUGGCUAUAAGCCGUUUCUCUAUAACGUUACAGUAGACGCCUGCAAAUUUUUGAAAAAUCAAAAAUCGAAUCCCGUUGCUACUUACAUUUAUAGUUUCUUCAAAAGUCACUCCAAUAUGAAUCAUACUUGUCCCUUUGAUCACGAUAUUAUUUUGGAAAGGCUUAAUACCAAUUUUCUUAAUAUGCAAGUAACAGAUGUUCUUCCAGUUCCUCACGGCGACUAUCUUUUUCAUUCCAACUGGUUUGCUUAUGAUAUUAACCGUGCUACUGUAAACGUAUAUGUCACAAUAUCUUAG